AUGAUAGUAAACAGUCUAAUGGACGGGGAUACGAUAACAACGAAAAAAUUGAUUACAUCAAUCAAACAAUUCAACACGGACGAAAAACAACACGGCACCAUCAAAGCAAUUAUAAAGAAUUUAAUACUACCCGAAGAAAACAUGGCGAUAAAACAAAGACAAAGCUUAAACGAUAAAUGCAUUUACUCGGUACCAAUCAAACCGCUUCUGCCACCGGCGAGUGAAAGGACAAAAAAUGUGAACGAAGCAAAGAAAGCCUUUUUAAACGCUACAGUCAAAUCUGAAAGUUUAUCGCCAAGUGAACCAAAACAAGAACACAUACUACAUUAUGCACAAAUUGCUACCAUUAAAGACAGUGAUGACAAGAGGAGUACGGGCGGAGGAGGUGAUGCUAAGCUAACAGAGCGGACUAAAAGUAAAACGAAUACAUUGCCCAUGGACAUGCCAUCACCCAGAAAGAGAUUGGAACAACAACUCAGGAAGGUGAGUUUUAAAACGAGAAGCGCAUCCGCAUCUUAUCGACGGCCGCCUCUAGUAACGAAAACUACAAUGACCAUCACUAGCAGCAAAGUAUCGGAACUGACGAAGAAGUUUAAUAACAUCAUACAAGAGGGUAAUAAUGCCCAAAUAAAACAGUCAAAACUAGCCAGAACAAUCGAAAGUCUGCAGUCAGCAUCAAAACACUCCGCAAGUAAUAGUUCCACGCCCUCAUCUACACUUAGUUCAAGUCCAAACGUUAAAAUACUUUUACGACAACGAAAAAACUCUAGAAAACGUGGAAACAAGAAGAGAUGUUCAAGUGUAAAUUCUAUUGAUAAGCUCAUAGUGACGGAUGGAUCGCCCGUGAAAUUUCGUGUUAUACGUUCAAAAUCAGAUGGAACUAAAACACCAAAAUCACUAAAAAAACGAUUAAAGUAUCCAGAUUCUAGUGGACAACAGAGCGGUUCCGACUCUUUAGAUGGAACACCUACAAAACAAAAAACACAAGAAUUACCAAAAACUGAAAAUAUUGAAGUACCUACAGAAAAAAACGUUGUAAAGAAUGUUAUUCAAAAAUUUGAAUGUGAAAUAAGAUCACAAGCUAACAGCAGUGUAACUAGAAAAUCAACUAUCCAAGAACCUAGUAACAAAGUACCUAUUAAAGAGAAACCUAAAGUACCUGUAAAAAAAUCGUCACUAGUUUUAACAAAAAAUAUUGUAUUAAAAGACGGCGUACCUAAAAUAAAAACGAUUAAACCUCCGACUGUAGAAACAUCUAAAACAAAUAAGCCUUCAGAUAAAGAUGUAGACACAUCACACAAGCCUGAGAAAACUACUGAUACGAUAGAUGAAAAUCAAAAGAAAAAGGAGUUUGUGUAUGACAAAAGAAAGUUCAAAACUAAUUAUAUCCAUUCUGACAAAAUGCCCUUACACCUAGUAGAAAUUAUUCAGGAAGAUGCCAAUGAAAGCGCCAUCACGAAUUCAUCUGAUAAUGUGACAAAUGUCUCAUCAAAUAACGUUUCUAUAGAUGAUGAAAAUGCAUACCAGGAAUUAAACACGCAAAUUACUCCGAACGAUUCGUUUUUGUGGCGGAGGAAAAGUACACAGAUAUACUCCGACCACGAGAAGUCUGGAUCUGAUAGUACGUACGGUUUCGUAUCUGUGAUGAUGAAUGAGAGCACGGUCAGUUGUAGUGAUAGUACCGGAACUGAAAAGGAGCAAUCUCUAGAAAACGUUGAAUCUCAAGUAAAUACUAAUACUGAAGUGAAUAACACUGACGAUAACUCAGAUUUCGAGAGCAAUUUAAUAGAAGCCUGCAAUAAUGAGGUUCUGAUAGGAUACACCUCAAAGGUGAAAAACCUCAAAGAUAUAGAAGAUGACUAUGAAUUACUCGAACCGCGUGAGAGUGAAGACGUUGUAAUUAUACCAGUCAAAACUGAUAGAACUUCGAAGAUGAACUGUCCAUUACCAGAAAUACCCAAAGACGAGGAACCUGUAAAUAAAGAUGAAAAUAUAUACCAGUGCCUUCUAGAAAUGAGAUCUCACCCAGAAGGUGAUGAAAGCAGUCUUCAUAACUACGAGCAGUGUGGAGAACAUUUGGAAGAACGAACCAGAGGAGAUGGGGACAGCGACGACGGUUAUGAAUACUGUAAGUCACCAGUCAAACCGUACUGUCACACUUCCAGUUCAGGAAUUCAGAUAGCUGAACACUACGACCCGUUCACUAGCGAUACUAACAAUGCCAACUACACCAUAACAAAAUCAGUGAGCGGUACAUCCACAGUCAGUUACGAAAAAAUCGGCCCCGACAGGAUAUACGAGAAAAUACCACCUCGUCCGCCUAAAUCCAAAGAAACCAGCCCGAGUUACAGCAGCAGACACUCGAAUGUAUCCUCAGAAUACACGGGAUACAAUGAAACUGAGAACAUCUAUGACACUAUCAAGCAUAGCGAUGGUACAUCUCUCUCUCAUUGCUACGAGAGCAUACCAAAUAGUCCCAGCAUGGUGAAGCUGAGGAACAACUUCAAGAAGCAGUUAUCCUCAGCGGUUCAGAAGCGUCUAUCGUUCGACAACGUGUCCAACAUCAGCCAUUCGACAAUCUCCAGCGAACAGAAGACGAACAGCAUAUACGGUCAGCGGUCGGUGAUGAGUUACAACGGCCAGGAGAUAGCGUUCCAGGUGCCCUGCAGCGAGACCAGCGUCAGUGACAGAAGCGACAGAAGCGACGACUGGGUCGACGUGUCAGACGAGGAGAAGCCUGACCAAAAGAUCAUCAUAGUGAGAGAACGAAGCCGCGGCAGGAAGAGUCCUGUGAGCUGGUCGCAGAAGGUGCGUGACCAGUGGCAGAACUCACCCAAGCAAAGUCACGAGAAAGAUUGA